AUGGCGCAUAUCUUUUGCUUUCAUUUCAUGUGGAUUUUCUUUUCAUUCUUUUCUUUCUUCAAUUUUUCUUUUUUUUUUUCUUUCUUUUCUUUCUUUUUUCUUUCUUUCUUUUUCUGUUUUUCUUUUUUCUUUCUGUCUUUAUUUUUUAUUUAUUUAUUUUUAUUUCUAUUCUUUCUUUUCUUUCUUUUCUUUCUUUCUUUUUCUUUUCUUUCUUUUCUUUCUUUCUUUCUUUUCUUUUCUUUCUUUUUCUUUCUUUUUUUCUUUCUUUCUUUUCUUUCUUUAUAUUUCUUUAUUGUCUUUCUUUUUUUUCUUUUACUUUUCUUUCUUUCUUUCUUUUUUUCUUUACUUUUCUUUCUUUACUUUUCUUUCGUUCUAUCUUUCUUUUCUUUCUUUACUUUUCUUUCUUGCCUUUCUUUUUCUUUUUCUUUCUUUUCUUUCUUUUUUCUUUCUUUUCUUUCUUUAUUUUUCUUUUCUUUCUUUCUUUCUUUCUUUUCUUUCUUUAUUUUUCUUUUCUUUUCUUUCUUUACUUUUCUUUUCUUUCUUUCUUUUCUUUCUUUACUUUUCUUUCUUGCUUUUCUUUAUUUUUUCUUUUUCUUUCUUUUUUUCUUUUCUUUCUUUUCUUUCUUUCUUUCUUUACUUUUCUUUCUUUCUUUCUUUUCUUUCUUUCUUUACUUUUCUUUCUUGCUUUUCUUUAUUUUUUCUUUUUCUUUCUUUCUUUCUUUCUUUUCUUUCUUUCUUUUUUCUUUCUUUUCUUUCUUUACUUUUCUUUCUUUUCUUUCUUUUUUCUUUCUUUUCUUUCUUUACUUUUCUUUCUUGCUUUUCUUUAUUUUUUCUAUUUCUUUAUUUUUUCUUUCUUUUCUUUAUUUUUUCUUUUUUUUCUUUCUUUCUUUUCUUUCUUUACUUUUCUUUCUUUAUUUUUUCUUUUUCUUUCUUUCAUUUUUCUUUCCUUUCUUUCUUUUCUUUCUUUCUUUUUCUUUCUUUUCUUUCUUUCUUUCUUUACUUUUCUUUCUUUUUUCUUUCUGUCUUUAUUUUAUUGCUUUUUUUCUUUUCUUUCUUUUCUUUCUUUAG